AAGCGUGGAUUUAUAUUGAAUUGUAAAACACUGCACUUGCGCGGAUGCAGCAUAGGAGUCUGCUCGUUGGUUUCAGGUGUCUGGCCAUCGCCUUCCAUUCGCCCCGCGCCCGAUGCUGCAAGAGUCAUCUCCCACACUGACUGGAUACAUGAAGACUUUCCCGUAAACGACAUCUCCCCCGCUAUAACGGGCCGGAAGAUAAUUACUGCGUUGACGUGUUGAUAUACAUAUAUUUAAAAUAUCAAAUAUGAAUCAUGCAUUUGAUAUUUCUAGCAAAUUUGCUCGUGAGCAUCCUUGCAGCCGGACUCCAUUCAUCCAUAGCAUCAAUCGGAGGAGAGAAUGAGGUGGUGGAGAGAGACGCAGAAGCAUUAUUGUCGGAGCGAGAGGCAACUGCAGCAGCGGCCACAGACAACACAAGUCAUGUGAUCACUUACCCCUCUCGGCUCAUCUAUUACCUGAAGGAGGACUCAGAGAGCACUUACCAUGACCUGGACACCCGGGCUAGAAACCAGGGCACAGAGGGCCAUGACCAGGCAGUCCAUCUUGCCCAAGCCAGUUUCCAGUUAGAUGCCUUUGGCUCCAAAUUUGUACUGGACCUAACGUUAAACAAUGACUUGUUGUCGUCGGAUUAUGUGGAGAUCCACUAUGAGGAGGGUAAACCUGUUCUAUCAAAGGGUGGUGAACACUGUUACUACCACGGCCAGGUGAGGGGGAAAGAUGAUUCCCACGUGGCCUUGUCUACCUGCAAUGGGCUGCAUGGAAUGUUUGACGAUGGACUCUAUCUCUAUAUAAUGGAGCCUUUGCAACAGACUCACUCAAUUGAUACAGCCGCACGGCCCCACUCUCUGCGCAGGAUGCCCAGCCUCCAGUGGAACAGUGACUCAGAGGAACUGGUGAAGGACGAGCGGCUGCUUUCGGAGCUGGACGACAUGUCCUGGCUGAAGCGCAGGAAAAAGCGGGCUAUGCCUAGGAAUGUAUUUGAGGAGAUGAAGUAUUUGGAGAUUAUGAUCGUCAGUGACCAUAAUAUGUAUAAGCGACUCAAGACCAAGCAGCACACCAGGAACUCUGCCAAGUCAGUGGUGAACCUUGUUGAUGCUAUCUUUAAGGAGCACCUGCACACACGGGUGGUUCUGGUUGCCGUGGAGAUCUGGUCGGACAAGGACCCGAUUCCCAUCAGUGUGAAGCCUCUGGACAUGCUGAAAGAUUUCUCUAAGUACCGGGCGCAGAGCAUCAAGCAGCACGCUGACGCUGUGCACCUCUUCUCCAAUGUGACCUUCCACUAUCGCCGAAGCAGUGUAGCGUACUUCGGGGGCAUGUGCUCUGUGAGCCGUGGAGUAGGGGUCAACGAGUAUGGCACCACAUGGACUAUGGCUUCGUCACUCUCCCAGAGCUUGGCACAGAACCUCGGCAUCCAGUGGGAUCCAGCCGCAAAGAGAAAGGAAUGUGGCUGCUCUGACUCCUGGGUGGGCUGCAUCAUGGAGGACACUGGGGUCCAGCAUCCCCGGAAGUUCUCCAAGUGCAGCAUCUCAGACUACAAGGCGUUCCUGCUGAAGGGCGGUGGAUCAUGUCUCUAUAACAGGCCGACCAAGCUGUUUGAAUCUACAGAGUGUGGGAAUGGAUACAUUGAGGUGGGAGAGGAGUGUGACUGCGGAGAUAGAACAGAGUGCUACAAGGACUGCUGUAAGAAGUGUUCCCUAGCUAAUGGUGCACAUUGCGCUGACGGACCUUGCUGCAACAACACUUGUCUGUUCUACCCACGUGGUUACAGUUGUCGCUAUGCGGUGAAUGACUGUGACAUCUCAGAGACAUGCUCAGGAGACUCUGGCCAGUGCCCUCCCAACCUCCACAAACAAGAUGGCUACCAAUGUCAAGUCGACCAGGGACGCUGCUACAGCGGAGAGUGCAAGACCAGAGGAAACCAGUGCAAAUAUCUCUGGGGCCCAAAGGCGGGAGGGUCUGAAAAGUUCUGCUACGAGAAGCUAAACACAGAAGGAACCGAGAAGGGUAACUGUGGAAAGGAUGGAGAUAAGUGGCUCCAGUGCAGCAAGCAUGAUGUGUUCUGUGGGUUCCUGCUGUGCAGUAACAUCGGACACAACCCCCGCAUCGGCAUGAUGAAGGGAGACAUCACUCGUACCUCCUUCAACCAUCAGGGCAGGCCGGUGAACUGCAGUGGUGGCCAUGUUCUUUUGGACGAUGAGACUGACUUAGGCUACGUGGAGGACGGAGCGCCCUGUGGGCCGUCCAUGAUGUGCCUUGACCACAAGUGUCUGCCCAUCCAGUCCCUCAACAUGAGCACCUGCCCCAGCGGGCCCAACGGCCAGGUGUGCUCAUCCCACGGGGUGUGUAACAACGAGGCGGCGUGCACCUGUGACACCACCUGGGCGGGGACUGACUGCAGCAUGCCCGACCCUCCCAAGGAGCCUGCACCCACAGAAGACGAAGAACCAAAAGGUCCUAGUGCCACCAAUCUUAUAAUAGGCUCCAUCGCCGGUGCCAUCCUGGUGGCUGCCAUAGUGCUGGGGGGGACCGGAUGGGGCUUUAAAAAUGUGAAGAAGCGAAAGUACGACCCCAACGCCAGCGCCAUAUAAGGUCGGAGGAGAGGUCAGCGGGCACAGAGGAAACCUUCUGGGCUUCCUUAGUACUCUACAGCUGGACUGCACUUACUGCGGAGGAUUUUUUGGGCAUUAGAUUUACUUGAAAAAUACAUAGAGGACAAUUUAACAUUAUCCAUCAUAGUCAUGUAGAGAUGUAGCCUUUUUCAACCCUAACAACCUCACCCACCUACCUAACAACCCACCUAACAACCUCACCCACCUACCUAACAACCCACCUAACAGUCCCACCCACCUAACAACCCCGCUCACCUAACAACCACACCCACCCACCUAACAACCCCACCCACCUAACAACCCACCUAACAACCUCACCCACCUACCUAACAACCCAGCUAACAACCCUGCUCACCUAACAACCACACCCACCCACCUAACAACCCCACCCACCUAACAACCCACCUAACAACCCCACCAACCUACCUAACAACCCACCUAACAGUCCCACCCACCUAACAACCCCGCUCACCUAACAACCACACCCACCCACCUAACAACCCCACCCACCUAACAACCUCACCCACCUACCUAACAACCCCACUCACCUACCUAACAACCCCACCCACCUAACAACCCCGCCCACCUCCCUAACAACCCCACCCACCUACCUAACAACCCCACUCAUCUACCUAACAACCCCACCCACCUACCUAACAACCCCACCCACAUACCUAACAACCCCACUCACCUACCUAACAACCCCACUCACCUACCUAACAACCCCACUCAUCUACCUAACAACCCCACUCACCUAACUAACAACUCCACUCACCUAACUAACAACUCCACCCACACACCUAACAACCCCACUCACCUAACAACCACACCCACCCACCUAACAACCCCGCUCACCUAACAACCACACCCACCCACCUAACAACCCCACCCACCUACCUAACAACCCCACUCACCUAACAACCCCACCAAUGGUGGACUGGCCGUCAGGAACCCCGGGGACAUUCCCGGUGGCCUGAGGGUCGUUUGGGACUGCCGUGAAUAGUCAACUUGACCAGCGAUAAUAUAGCAAGCAGGAAUUAGUUGACGGAGAAUCCACGAAUCAGGCGCGACUCUCACACUCUUGCUGCAGUGUCCCAGUGCCAAAAAUGACCUCAGGUCUCUCCACGACGCACAUAGCAACCGUCUACCUGCUUCUCUACCGAUAACAUUUUAGACAAGUCGCACAGCGAAAUGGUCAGAAAGGGAAAAGUGGAGCAGAGAGGGAGAGAAUAAAAAACAGAAAGGCCUUUUGCCACAGUCAAAAACACCAGCUAAAACACACACACACGUCACCCAGCAUGGCUAGCUAAGUAGCCUAGCUAAAACACACACACACGUCACCCAGCAUGGCUAGCUAAGUAGCCUAGCUAAAACACACACACACGUCACCCAGCAUGGCUAGCUAAGUAGCCUAGCUAAAACACACACACACGUCACCCAGCAUGGCUAGCUAAGUAGCCUAGCUAAAACACACACACACGUCACCCAGCAUGGCUAGCUAAGUAGCCUAGCUAAAACACACACACGUCACCCAGCAUGGCUAGCUAAGUAGCCUAGCUAAAACACACACACACGUCACCCAGCAUGGCUAGCUAAGUAGCCUAGCUAAAACACACACACACGUCACCCAGCAUGGCUAGCUAAGUAGCCUAGCUAAAACACACACACGUCACCCAGCAUGGCUAGCUAAGUAGCCUAGCUAAAACACACACACACGUCACCCAGCAUGGCUAGCUAAGUAGCCUAGCUAAAACACACACACGUCACCCAGCAUGGCUAGCUAAGUAGCCUAGCUAAAACACACACACGUCACCCAGCAUGGCUAGCUAAGUAGCCUAGCUAAAACACACACACACGUCACCCAGCAUGGCUAGCUAAGUAGCCUAGCUAAAACACACACACACACGUCACCCAGCAUGGCUAGCUAAGUAGCCUAGCUAAAACACACACACACGUCACCCAGCAUGGCUAGCUAAGUAGCCUAGCUAAAACACACACACACGUCACCCAGCAUGGCUAGCUAAGUAGCCUAGCUAAAACACACACACGUCACCCAGCAUGGCUAGCUAAGUAGCCUAGCUAAAAGUAGUGACACAAUGGCAAGUAGUCUAAACA